GGGCAUUGUGAGGUGUGGGGUGGGGCACUGUGAGUCACAUGCCUGGGUUCUCACCUGGGCCAGUGGGCUUCAGUCUGUAGGUAACUGCAGAAGGAGGAGGAGCUCCUCUGUCUUUACUCUCUUCAGGCAGUUGUUGUGGUCUUUCAGCGCUUGUUGGGUUCACAACCUAUUAAAUAAGCCGGCUGGUCUUCACCCUCCUAGACAAGUCAACUCAGAGGAGGUGGCGGGGGCGGGCCUUGGCCUGAGUCCCAGCUGGGGCCAGGCUGUGGGAUGGGCAGGUGAGCAGCGGGCGAUACCAUCUCUACAAGUGCAGCAUAGCCUCAGCCUAGGGCAGCAGGAGUGUGUGGCCAAUGCUGUGAGCAGAAGCACAGGUGGUGGCAGACAGGAAUAGAGGCGCUCAUGAGGAAUGUACUGAGCUGUUAUGUGCACCCCAAGGUGGACCAGCACCAGGGGCUAGUUUCUCCUCAUGAGUCUGAGAUCUAAGAGGCAGCAGCUGGGGACAGGAUGGCAGGAGCACCGGUGAGUCCCAUUGUAGCCCCUGCUGAAGUGACUUUUGAAGCUGGUGAGGACCUCCACAUGCACCACAUCCAUGACCAGGAGAUGCUUGAAGGUAAGCGGUUGUGCCCUUGGAGAAAAAAAUACACUUUGAUAAGUUUACAAUAUAGGUCCCUUCCUCUUCAGGUAUCUACUGAGCAUUUACCUCAAUUUUAUAGUUCAUGCUCGACCAUAUUCAUUGAUGACAGCACAGCCAGCCGCCCUCAUCUUACAAUGACACUAAACUCUCAGCAGAAGCACUUCUUGUUAACUUUCCAUUGAUUCAGAAUAUUAAAGCGACAUGUCAAGAUUUAGUAACACCAUUUUUUACUGCUUCAUCAAAGACAUUCGUAAGUACUUCAGCCUACCUUUUUUAACUGUAAUGGACAAUAAAGCAUAGAAUGACUACCAGUGUAAUUGGUACCACUGCCUUGAUUUAGGCUGAAAACCAGCCGUUUUACCCACUUUGCUUCUAUACGAUCAUGGCAAGUGUCUAUGAAAAAGCAGGCAGUGUCUUUGUAUUACUUUCAUAAUUAAAAAAAUGUUUUUAAUCAGCUUUCUCAGGUUGAAUUAGUAUGAUUAUCAGAACAGUGUUGGGUGGGCAUGGUGGGUCAGGCCUGUAAUCCCAGCACUUUAGGAGGUCAUGCAGGCAGUCACCUGAGGUCAGGAGUUCAAGACCAGCCUGGUCAACAUGGGGAAACCCCAUUUCUACUAAAAAUACAGAAAUUAGCUGGGCAUGGUGGUGGGUGCCUGUAAUCCCAGAUACUCGGGAGACUGAGGCAGGAGAAUCUCUUGAACCUGGGAGGUGGAGGUUUCAGUGAGCCAAGAUUGCACCAUCGCACUCCAGCCUGGGGCAACAAGAGUGAAACCCUGUCUCAAAAAAAAAAAAAAAAAAAAAAAGAAGGAAGGAAAGGGGAAGGGAAAGGUGACCUCUUAGACCUUCUGGAAAAGGGUCUUGGGGAUCCCCAGAGGUCCACAGAGCACAUUUGGAGAACUGCUGGUUUAUUACACAAGCACAGUGCAUUAGUUUUAUGAAGUUUAAAGUUUGUCAAAGACUGACCUCUUUUAAAAUAAGGCAGACGAGUUUUUAAUUCAAACAACAGAAAAUAAAUACAUCAUGAAAUAUGCUACAGAGAACUAAAGAGAAAGAAAGUUAGAAAAUCUGAAUCACCUUUUGAUUUAUUAAAGUUCUAAAGACUUUAUUGCCCACCACUACUGCUUCAUAAAAUGUUCUUGUGUUUCAGUGCAUGGUUAGAAGAGUGAAAAUAUGUUUGGUUUGUUGUCAUUGCCUGUUAAGGGUCGAUACUUACAGGCAGUUCUGACUGGUUAUCGUAAAAAAGAAUUCAUAGCACAGGACAUGUUGUGCUGAGGAAGAGGUUGGGAAACCCUCUGCAGGUCAGGAUCCAGGAGAAGAAUUUGUAAAAACUGUUUGCUUUGCUGAAGUAAGCACCAGAGCACAUAGGAGGCAUUAUUUUACUAAACAGAUAGUUUACUAAGAUAUUUUACAGAGAUGCCGAUAGAACUUUGGGCAUCUUUGAUGAAUGGUUACACCCACUUACAGUAAGUGGCACUUUUACUGAAGUUGUAUUUGCAUCAUAGACUGGCAUUUGUUUCAUGCUGAACUCAGUCAUCUUUCUUUAAAUCCUCUCCCCCAUUUUGUGUUGCAUUUAGUCAUCUUAAGUGCUGUAAAAAGAAUGUGCUGGAAUAAGAACCAAUCUGUAGCUCUCUUCAGUGAAUGAGCUAGUAUGAGUAAAUAUAAUAUCCAAAUAACAGAAAAUGUAUCUUUUAAAAAGUACUGUGUUAAAAAGUACUUUUGACACAGAAGCAUGAUUUUUAUGAAGAGAGUUAAAAAUAAUUUAAGUUUAAAUCAACUUACAUGGUGUAAAAAUUUAAAAAUGUGCUUCCUCAGGUAUGUAAUAGCCACAUGUGGCUAGUAAUGAUUGCAUUUAACAGCGUAGGCUUAGAGCCUCAUGGUUACAGGAAACUACGUUUUCUCAGUUUAUUGCCGAAAAAGAGUGACAUAUGGUCAGUAAGACAUUAAAGCCUAAAAGUAACUUACAUUUGGAUGGAAUUAUGUGGGGGAAAGAGUAAAAAAGCACAAUAAUUUUCUGAGGUUAAGCUCAUAUGAUUUUUGAGCGAAUGCUGAUGAGUAUUAAAUCAUUAUGGUAUUUUAAGAUCCCACUUUUCAUAUUGUAAAAUCUGAAAGACAUCUCACUCAUCAAAAUUACUGUGAUAUGAUGGGCACAAAUGGGAACACUGCUGUCUUAAGAGCACUUCAGGUUUUUUAUUCAGUGGAUACUUACAUUGCAUUUUUUCUUCUUUCAGCAAGAACGGCUUCUGGAGGAAUACUUUAAGUAUGAUCCUGGAUACAAAUUGAUUUUCACAUUUCUUCAUACUCUAUUUAAAGCCAAAGGCUAACAGCUGACUUGGCAAUCAGAAGUUUGGUGAGCUAUUAUCUGUUUAUAAAGCAUCUUUAGAAAUUGGUCUUGUAGAGCAGACUGGCCAACAUGGUUAAACCCUGUCUCUACUAAAAAUACAAAAAUUAGCCAGGCUUGCUGACAUGCCCCUGUAGUCCUAGCCACUCAGGAGGCUGAGGCAGGAGAAUUGCUUCAACUCAGGAGGCGAGUUUGCCGUGACCAGAGAUCAAGCCACUGUAUUCCAGCCUGGGUGACAGAGAGAGACUCCAUCUCCAAAAAAAAAAAAGGAAACAAAA